GGAAAUUAUAAAGAAACUAUUAAUGUUAUUUUUUUGUCUGUCAAUCAAUUGGUAACGUUUUAAAUUAUAAUUAGACCUGUUAAUUUUAUUCGCAUUAUUUAUUUUCCAAUGUGACAAGUUCAUAGCAAAAUGUUGAAGUAACCUUUUUAUAUGCAUUUUCAAGAAAAGGAAGUUGAACCAGUUAAGCUGGCCUGCCAAGUGCCAGUGCCAAUCCCUAUCAGUCAUAGGCUAGCUGUGUUUGCGUGUCAAUAAGAGUAGGGUCAGUUCUGUUUUAGUACUUAUUCCUUGACAGUGAGCAUGUGAGUGAAGAGCAAUUAAUAUUGCACUUGGUAGUCAGAAGAUAAUUAAUUUAAAUUUGAAAUGAAUAAAGGAUGUUUGCCGACGAAUAAUUUUAUAUUGUGUUAACUAUUGGAAGUUAAAUAAAUAAGUCGUUUUUGUUCACUUGCUGAGACUGUUGUAAGACCUGACAGUAUACAAUAAUCGUAAUGGCUGAAGAAACAGUAAAUGCUCUUGUGAAGGCUGCUGUCUCACUGGAAGACGAGGUUUCCUCCUCAUUGGACGUUACAUUUGAUUAUUAUCCAACAGCCCUUCCUGAGGUGUCUGUAAUGGAUUGGAAUCCUUUAGCACCUGCUCCACAUGAAGAUGUGCAGCCUCCACCACAGUGCAUGCUAAGAAUUAAAAGAGACAUGAUGGCUAUAUAUAACGAGCCACCUCCAGGGAUCCUUGUGGUUCCUGAUGAGAGAGAUCUGACACUGGUCCACGCUCUCAUAACAGGACCUUUUGACACUCCUUAUGAAGGUGGAUUCUUCUAUUUCAUCCUACGGUUUCCUCAUGACUAUCCAAUCAAACCGCCCAAGGUGAAACUUAUGACUACUGGAGGUUCUAAGGUUCGAUUCAAUCCAAACCUGUACAAGUGUGGAAAAGUCUGUCUCAGCAUAUUAGGGACAUGGAGUGGUCCUGCAUGGAGUCCUGCCCAAACUUUGUCAAGUGUGCUUAUCUCCAUUCAGAGCUUACUUACUGACAAACCUUAUCAUAAUGAACCUGGCUUUGAGAGGGAAAAGUUGUCAGGAGAUGUUGCCAGGUACAACGACAUAAUUCAACAUGAGACACUACGGGUGGCUGUCGUGGGAAUGGUAGAUAAUGACUACCUUCUUCACAUUCCUGAGCCUCUCAGAGAUGCUAUGGAUGAGAGUUUCCUCCAGUUUUAUGACUUCUACGAGAACCUUGCUCAGAGCAAGAUCAAACUGACAGGUACCCAGAUGCAGGAUCCAUUUGGUGAAAAACGAGGUAGCUAUGAAUAUUCGACACUACUACAACGGCUGAAGAGAAUCUACAAGAGGCUUCAGCCCCCCUCCAGUGAGGGAAGUUCUUCCUCCACCUCCACUCCUGAGUCCACAGAUUAAACUUUAAACUUAUUGUGAUAAAGCUGAUGUUCUGUAUAUAAUUGUUAACGGUGUCACCAAAACAAAUCAUUAGAAUCAAAUCAUUUAUUUGUGAUAAAUAUAUGGUAGUUCCUCUAUUUCCUGGUGGCAUUUGGCAGAGAUGUAUUCAUUUGUUAGUGAGCUUUUCACUGUUUUAAUAGUUGUAUGAUUGUGAUUUAAGACAAUUUUAUUAUUGAUUUGUUUUACCAGUUG